AUCUUGCUAUAACGAAAAUAGUGUUGCUUGUUAUGGACACACGCAAGUAACGUUAAAGGCAGAGAAAACGAGGCUUGUCAUACAGGACUUUUGGCUUUAUGUUGUGGGGAAUAACAUUUCCAAACCUGUGGUGGUCUCGUAUAACGGCAUUAUUAGAAAUGUGUUGGUUUGAUGUCACGUGCUAGCUAACUCACUCGGCACAGAAGUCAGCAUUAAUGAUUAAUGCAUGAAACAAUGCGCGUAAAUUUAACGUACCCGUUGUUGAAACAAAUAAUCACUUUACCGAAAGUAUGCUUUAGUUCAGUAUUACGCCACAGUUCUGUCGUUACUGACAGAAACCCUGUAAAGAGAAAAAAUAAAAGUAAACGCAAACUACCUGCUAACUUUGCCUCGCUUUCCUGGGAAGAGAGACUGGCGGACACUGUGACACCCCUAUGGAGACUGAGCUAUGCGGAACAGCUUAAGUGGAAACAAGAACAGCAACACAACAUCUUACUUGAGAUGACAAAGCAGCUGGCACAGUAUUCAUCCCAAGAUUUUUCAAACGAUUUAAGAUUCCCCCUUCUGCCCAUAGUUCCCUCACCAGUGACUGAUGGAUAUCGCAAUAAGUCAACCUUCUCUGUCAACAAGGGGAUGGAUGGGAAUCCAAAGACUGUUGGAUUUUAUAUAGGCAAUGGAAAAAUGGGUAACAUUGUGUGUGUCCGUGGCGACCACCUCUUGAACAUGCCUCCAAAACACAAGAUGGUUGCAAGGCAUUAUGAAGAUUUCAUACGUCUCUCACCACUCAGUCCAUGUCUUUUGUUUCAUGAUGGUGGUCACUGGAGAGAAAUCACUGUAAGGACAAAUUCUGCUGGUCACACUAUGGCUUUAGUUUACUUCCAUCCUCAGCAGUUGACACCCGAGGAGAUCAGCAUCCAUAAAGCUGCACUGGUGGAAUACUUCACUCGAGGUCCUGGAGCAGUUUGUCAAUUGGAUUCUCUUUACUUCCAGGAGAGCUCAAUGACCCGUUGUAGUCAUGAGCAAUCCCCCUAUCAGCUUCUAUAUGGACAGCCUCAUAUCUUUGAGGUGGUGCUUGGAUUUAAGUUUAGAAUUUCUGCUGAUUCAUUUUUCCAGGUGAACAGGGCAGCAGCGGAGGCCCUGUAUCAGACGGUUGCCGAGCUGAAUCGGGCGUGUGUUGGGGGAACCCUUCUGGAUGUCUGCUGUGGUACAGGAGCAAUUGGCAUUUCAUUAUCUCCGCAGAUGGAAAGAGUCAUUGGCAUAGAGCUCAUUGAACAAGCAGUUGAGGACGCCAGAUAUAAUGCAAAACUAAACAGAGUUGACAAGUGUGAAUUUCUCACAGGCAAAGCAGAAGUCGUCCUACCAAAUUUGAUGGCCACAUUGAGUUCUCACAGUGGACUGACAGCCGUUGUCAACCCGUCCAGGGCUGGCUUGCAUUAUAGAGUUGUCAGAGCCUUAAGGAACCACCCAGCCAUAAGGAGGCUUGUCUACAUAUCGUGCAAACCUGACGGUGAGGCAAUGAGGAACUUUAAAGAGCUCUGCUGUGGUUCAGAUGAUCAGAGGAAGAUUCUUGGAGAAGCCUUUAGACCGACUGUGGCCGUCCCUGUGGACCUGUUUCCACACACUCCACACUGUGAACUGGUGCUUGUUUUUGAAAGAUAAAGAAAAUUGGGACUGAAGGGAAUUGGUCAUUUUGUAACAACAGUAGAUGAAUACCUCUUUACUAUUUGAGUGUAGUUACCAUGAAUUAGCUGAAAAUUGAGACUCGGUAUUACAUUAAACUCAUUAAAAUUACAUUCAAAUGUAUUUUUUAAUGUUGCGAAAUGUGUUCAUUUCAUUGCAAUGUCUGCAUUGCAAACCCUUAACAUUAUCACUAGAGGGUGCCAUUGCGACGUUCCUCCAUUUUGCGUGACGCUACUUGACGUGCAAAUGAGCGCUAUAUUAUGUACCAAGGUUGCAACAUGCCAAUGCCAAUAAUAAAGUGGGUUAGAAAUAAAGCAAGAAACAAUCAUUAUUAAAAAAUUAAAAAUACCUUAUGUGUUCAAAACCUGCACGACUUUGUUCUGUGGAAUGCAGAAGAAGAUUUGGGAAAUAUCUGGUUUUGUGUCCAUACAAUGGAAGUCAGUGUUGUUGUUUGGUUUGGCUCUUUUGUAUUCUGCAGAAACAGCCGUAGUCAGAAAUAGUUUGAAAUAAGGGAUUAGGCCUAAUAAAGGCGAGUAGAAGGAUGAAAGAAUUUUCAUUUUGAGUGAGCUAUCCCUUUAUGUGCACAGACUGAGCAAGCAUCAGGUAGGCCUAAAUGGUUGUCUCUUUGACGAGAGAACACGCCUGUGGCUGAACGCAAGUUAAUAUAAUGCGGUUUACUGAACUCGUAUUCAAUCACUGAGGGUUUUUUUUCUCGAUUAGAGUUUUGGGUUCCUCACCCAUACUGUUUUUUGCACUAUUUGCCUGGCCGGGGGGCUGCUUUAGAAUUUUAAAGUUUUACUUAAUUAAUAUUGCAUAUAGGAAUUUAUAGUCUGUUAUAUUUGACAUGUGCUUCUCUCUCCUUUAGCUUAAAUGUGUGCUCUCACUGUGCAUGCGUACUUGUCUGCACGCGUACGUGUGUGGUGUGUGUGUGUCUAUGUCUAUGUGUGUUAGUACGUGCAUAUUGUGUGUGUGGAGUGUUUUGUAUGUGGGUGGGUAUGUCUGUCUUCUGUGUUUUCACCUUUUUCUUGUUUUUACAGGUACAACUUUAAUUGUUUUGCUUAUAGUCAAUAUGUCUCAUGUACAGCUGCUUUGUAACAAUGAAGAUUGUAAAAAGCGCUAUAUAAAUAAAGUUGAGUUGAGUUGAGUUACUGGCUGGAAAAGUCAUCUCGUUCUAUGUUUCUUAAAG